AUGAUGAUUCUUCUGGUAUCAAUCAUUUAAAUUUAAUAAUGGUUAUUAGAUCCUGAUAUUGAUGAUAUAUUAAAAGAAAGCGAUGAUUCAGAGGAAAAUAGUGAUAGUGAUUAAAGUUAAAAAUUAUCAAACUCUGUCAAAAAAAAGCAUAAAGCAGUAAAAGAGAGUUCCGAUGAUGUCGAUUCAGACAAUCCCCUUGAUAAAAUGUUCGGGCAAAAAGAAAAGUAAAAUACUGAGGAACAGAAGCAAAUAGGCCGCAGAGUAGCAAUUAAGACUAAUGAACAUCAAGAAGGAUAAAAGUCUGGAGUUGAUAAGAAUAUAUACUUUGAAGAUAUAGGCGAUGAUGAUUUUUUCGAGGCUCAAAGACAAAUAAACUAGGUUUAAACAGAAAAUCAAGGCAUAGCAAAUGCUUUGCUAUCAGAUUUUUAAGCGCAAGAACGAAAAUCAUUUAGAGAGAAGCUGAGAGGAUCUGGGGCAGUAAAGAGUUUUGUAGCCAAUACUUUGGACAAAGGUCUUAAGGCAAUGCAAAAUCUCAAAGAGAGUGUUGCAAAUAUUGACUCAAGUAGUUUAUUGUUCACCGGGCAAGAGAAGAAAGCUGCAUAAAAAAGACUUAGUGAAGAUUUCACACUUCAAGAUAAUAGUACAUCAAACAUAUCAGCUAGCAAGAAUGUUCAGCUAAUCAAAUCUGAGAAUCAAGACUCAAAAUAGGAUUCAGAUGAGGAUAAUAUAUCAAUCAAUAAGCAAUAACAGUAGCUUGAAGAUGAUCUUAAAAGAAAUAUUAAUUUUGAAGAUAGUAAGAAGAAGGGGAAGGAUAAGGAAAAGUAGAAAAAGGACAAAAGUAGCUAGAGCGAUGAUUCUGAUAGUGAAGAGAUCAAUGAAGAUGAUAUAUUAAACGAAGAUGACGAUGACGACGAAGCAGAUGAUGGAGAGGAUGAAGAUGAUUCAGAAAUAAGUGAGAAUGAGCAAAAGAAAAUUUUAGCAGAUUUAGAUAAAGAAGAUGAUGACGAUGAUGAUGAUAGCGAUAAUGAUAGUAAAAGUAAUUCUAACUCAGGUGGUGAAUUAUCUAAUGUCAAAGAUGAUAUAAACACUUCUCUUCUAACUGAUGAUAUUGCUAAUAGAUCAUUAAAUGCUGAGGAUGAGGAUUCACUAGUUGUUAUUGAUUCCAAGAACUAUUUGAAAUAUGUGAGUGAAAAGUAUAACAUUCAAAAUGAUGUGCUUGAGAUCAUUGAUAAAAACGAGAGAAGUUUUAAGCAAGUAGCUGAGAGAAUCAUUAAUUAGACAAGCUAUUUGGUUCAGCCCUUGAAUGAAGUAGGAAUUACCUUAAGCUCUUUGAUUGAAGAAGGAGGAAGUAGUUAGAUUAGUGUUCAAUCUGCCAAAAGAUUAAUGCUAACUCCCACCCUAAAGUAGGUUUCUCAAAGAUAUCAUGGAGAUUUAAAAGCAUAGCAAGGUGUUCCAUAUUCAAUUGCAGCAUUUGAAUAAUUUGUAGCUAUUGGCAGCUCUGAUGGAUCAGUAAGAAUAUUUGAUAACCAUGAAAGAGAGCUGAAAAUUUUGGCUGAUAAGAGUCUCAAAGGCGUUUCAGUUCAGUGUCUUGAUAUACAAAGAAGCAGAAGUAAUAACAUAUUUGUAGCAACUGGCCAUUCAAAAGGCUAAAUAUCAUUACAUGAAGUCAAAGGAUUAAAACCGUAUCAAGAUGCAGUCUUGAGUUAAGUUUCAUCAAAACAUCACAAGACUAUAAAUGAUAUUCACACUUCCUAUGUUGUCUCUAUAAAAUUUGUAGGUGAGCUUGGUCCUUACAUCCAGUCGCUAACAACAAUAAGUUGUGAUUUGGAAGGAGUCGUCUAUAUUUGCUUAUUUAAAGAAGGAUUAAUGAGUUACUCCUGCAAUAAGCAAUGCUUUAUGAAGAAGAGAGUAGGGCCAACCUUUUCAAUUUCCCCACUAUUGCAAUAUUCAUCUCAAACCAUUGAAGAAGUUAUACAAGAAUAGCUAUAACUUUAAAUUAAGAAUGGAGGCUCAAAUAAUGAAGUGGAUUUCACAAGGAAAAGACCAUAGCUUGUUGCUUUUGGCUCAUUAGAGAGGAUUAUUAUUGCAUAAAUUAGACCUACUCCUAAAGAGUUACUUUAUAUAGAUAGACCCGAUUAUUUAGAAAUGGGCACUGUCCCUUACUUAGAUUGGGGUUUAGCCCUCUCUCCAUGCUUUAGAGAUAAAUCUUAUCCAGUUUUAGCAAUUGCAUGGGGUAAGGUGCUUUAACUUUCAGUAUAUGUUAAUUUCGACUAGCUUUAAGGAGUCAUUUAAGAACCUCCACUUAUUCAAUAUGAUGGCUAUUAUGUGUGUGAACACUCUAUAGAUGCUUGCUAUUUUUUGGGAGAGAGUAUUUUAUUCGUAAUUGUUAAUAAGCAGGAUGUGAGAAUUCUAUACACUUAAAAUUUCACUCCUGGAAUCUUCGAUGAAACUUAUCAACUUAAUGAUCCUAACAGAACUAAAUCUGCAACUGAAUUAUUGGAUCCAUUGAAAAGAGCUAAAUACUUCAUGAGGCUGAAAGAGCAAUUUGCAGCUAAUAUAAGUUCAUAAUACGCUGAAAAGGAUAAGGGUUAUAAGUUACUUCAAGAAGGAAUAAGAUUUAGAGAUUUAGAUACUAAACCUGGCCAAGCAAAAUCAAAAUUUAACUCUAAUCCUUCAAUCUGCAAAAAUUAUGAUAAUAUGAUCUACGUCCUGGGAAAGACAUCAAUAGGCUAGGGUAAAUUGCUAAUGUGGGAAGAAUAUCUAGAUUUAGUUAGAAGGGCAUAUCCAAAUGACUGGCUAAAAGUCUUAAGAGCUAGCUUAGACAUCUAUAAUGGAAAAAUGGUUGGUCUUGCUGGACUACCAGACCUUAAAGAGACGAGAGAGCAUAUGCUAAGAGAAAGUAUGAAACAGCUUUUGAGAUAAAAUAUCGAUGCCUGUAUUAGAGAAUUUUAAGAGGGAGAAUGUGUUUCCAAUAAGACUCUUAGAGUAGCAGUUGAAUUUUGCAUAAGAGUAAACGCUAUUGAUCAUUUAUUCGGUGAGCUGUUCACAAUGUUCGCUGAAGCAGGAAUGGAACAAAAGUUUUUAGAAAACUUAGAACCAUUUAUUCUAAGCGGCAAAUUCAAAUAAUUUAAAAUACCUGAGGAAAUAUUGGUAAGGCUCAUAGGAUACUAGAGAUAAAAAGAUUUGGAACUACUUGAGAAAACUUUACUUAAUAUAGAUUUAGGAAAAUACAGUUGUUUGCUAGAAGUCAGACACAUUUGUGAGACUGAGCUUCUUACAUCUGCACUGAUUCAUAUAUUGAUUAACGAAUUUGAUGAUGACAGAGAGAGUACUGUAUGUCUUUAGCUUUUAUGUUCUCUCUAUAACAUGAAGAAAAAGAGCAAAAAUCAGAAGACUAAUAAGACUGAGAUAUUUAAACUAUUGAAUUAUGAGCCUUUGGACUUAGAAAACUAAAAGAGCAUUUUUGAAGAGGAACUCAAAAGCCAGGAUAGGUCAUCGUUCAGCACUACUUCAUCUUAGUAGUUUUAAAGUCAAUCAACUAUUCCCGGGCAAGCCAAUGUCUCAUCUAAUGGUAUUAACAAAAAUUAAAAGCAAGAGAUCGAACAAAGUGCUACUUAUAUUGGUUACAAAUUAAUGUGGGUGAUUAAAUUAUUCCUUGAGGGUAAGAAGUUUCCAUAAGGGACACUUAGUGCUUUCAAAUGGAGAAUUUACGUCUAUGACAUCGUAAGAUUUGCAACAAAUGAGGAAUUCUUGAACUGGUCUUUGGAAUUCGAUCCUGACACCUUCUUUAAACUCAUGAAAGCCUUGUUUAUUGAAUAAGAACCUUACGAGUAUAUUUAAUCCCAGUCAGCAUUCAUAGCAAUGUAUAAAGAUUAAAUUAAUGGACUCGAUGAAUGUAUGUCUCAUACUUAAAUAAUUGAAACAAUGCACAACGCUGUUUAGAAUUUCUUAAGCAAAGAUAGAGACUUUAAUAAUGGGUAUCUAAGCUCCAAGGGUGAAUGUGCUCUUAAUGCUUUCGUGUUUUUUAUCGCCUAGAUAAGUCGAAAGCCUUAAGUUGAAAUACCCGAAUAACUGGCUGUCUAUGCUAUUAGAGAGCAAAUCAAAUUUAGUAAAAAGCUGCUAAAGAUUCCUAACCUACUAAGCGAAGAUAUAGCUAAGACGAUAUAACCAGCUGCCUAGGGAAAGUAGUCAUCACAAAAUCUGCCAAAAUAGGAUAGAAUGACUAGAAUAUACAAUCUUCUGCUAAAAAAGAAUGAAAAAGAUGUGUUGAGUCUGAUUAACAGAUGUGAAAAUGACAUGGAUGAGGAAGAGCUGUAGAAUCUAGCUAGGGAAGCAGAAAGGUCUCCAAUGUAUAAAGUAAAAGUCUUAAUACAGCAGCUGCAAAGAAACUAUCAGCAAUGCCUGCACAUGUUCUUUAAGAUUCCAGCAAUUAGAGAGGAAGUCUUUACCUGGCUCACAGAUAUAUCAAAGCAUGUACGAAAGGGAUAAGACAACCAAAAUAAUCUGGAUAUCGAAUCCCAACUAACUAAACUUAUAGAAGGUAGUAUUGCUUAGUUUGUUGAAAUGGACAGCGUCUCUACAGUGAAGUUGAGUGAAUCAUGGCUAAACAAGGAUUAUAUGGGCGUAGUUGAUAAAUUGAGUAAUAAUCCAGACCUGAUGUUUAAAUUCCUGAGCACUCUGCUGCAAAUGAAGGAGCCUGAAAUUGAAUAGGAAUACAAUCAUUUAAUGAUUACUGGUGGAAGACUCAACAGUCCAUAGUACAACUAGUAUAAAAAGCUUAUCCUCAGAUUUGUCUAAGUCUUAGCUGAAAAGAAAUACAGAGUAAAGCUAGUUGAAUAUGUUAAGAAGAAGUACUAUCCAAUCGAUGAAUGCCUGGAAAUCAUAAGAGAAGCCAUUCAAAUCGAACAAGGCUCUUCUAGCUAAAAGAAGACCAAGAAACUGAAAGAAGACACCUAAGAAGCCUAGGCAAUAUUACUGAAGAGGAAGGGUGAGUACAUUGAGUCAGUAGACCUAUUUAUAAACGUGCUGAUUGACCUGUCUAUCGUUGAGAUCACCUCAGCCCUCUACUUGGAUGCUAACAUCAAAUUCAACAGCACUUCGACUGCAGAUCCUCAUAUUCAGAGAUAUGACCAGAUUAUCUCGUAAAUCAUGAACAUUUGCGAGAAGUACGGUUCUAGACUGCCUGAACAAGAACAAGAAGAGCUCUGGCUUCACUCUAUCAAGUCAAUUUACAGAGUCAAGCAGGUGGUGUUUGAGAGAAUGCGAAGUGACCUCAGCAGCAAGGAUCAAGAUAAGUACUCCACUUUCCAGAUGAUUAGAAUUCAGGAGUUCAUGAGGCGUAUGAGUGAACAUCUAAGACUAAACCGUAUUCUAGAGUUUCUCGAGGAGAUAGGACAUCCGAUUAAAUACUAGGAAUUUAGACAGACUUUUGAAGACAAGAGUAAAGGAAUUAAUAUUCAGAGGCAGAAGUGUGACUACUGCAAGAGAGAUUUACUGUACAAGUGGGAUAAGUAAGACGUGAGUCUAUUCAAGUGUGGCCAUAUCUUCCAUCAUAGAUGCGUAUCCAACACCGACUUCAAAUGUUUCCUGUGCUUCAAUGAAUUCGAUUAAAUUUUUAGGAGAGUGGGCAAGAAAUCAAAAGACCUAGGAGCAGAUGAUGACUCCAAGAACAGCAAGAAGAGAAGAGACGGAAUAAAGGAAAAAGAUAAAGCUUAAAAAGAUCAAAGUCCCAAGAAGAUUAACCAGAAAGAGUUUGAAAAGUUAUACAAGAGCGAUUAGUUCGAGGAGUUGAAAAGGAUUAUGGACAGAUUCAACUCAGACCUCAAUGAUAAAAUCAUUCAUCUCCAAGACUUCUGA